AUGGCUGCAGUGGAUAUUAUCUAUUCAAUAACUUUAGCUCUGAUGUCGGUAGUAACAAUUUUAUUUCUUUACAAUGUUUUGAGUGGAUGGACAUCAAUGAAUAAGAGGUUUCCUCCGGGACCCAGACCUUUACCACUGAUUGGAAACUUACACAUGCUGAAUUUGAGGAAACCCUAUCUAACAUACCUGGAGGUAAAUAACUAGCAAUGUAUUAAAAUAAUUAAUUCAGAUUGCCAUAGAAAAACAAUGCUAUGUUUCUAAGGAUUCAGGGACACAACGGUGUAAAAUAAUCAGGUUUGUUUUUUUUAAUAAAAAAAAGCAGACAUAUUUGCAUUACAACACCUGGAUUUUUUUUGUUUUUUAAUUUUUAGUAAAUAUAAAUUGCACAUCAAAUAUUUUCUAGCAACAUAAAAGAAAUGUUUUAUUUUCUGCCAAAAACAAAAUUGCAUGAUCUUUUUAACAUAUUAAACAGAAAGUUUAAGUAAACUAUGUGUGUCCAAUUUGUAAAGAAAAUGUGCUUUUUACAGCUAUGCAGUUAUGGUAAUAACAUAUUUAAAGAAGCAAUAAAUAUGUGUUUAUUCUUUAAACAGGUAUUUUGAUGAAAUGUGCAAAAAAAAAAGUGGAACAUUCUCUGGAUACAUAUUUUCAUUGGCUGGCUAUUUUGGGAUGAAAUUUGCAGUUACUUUUUUAUUGUCCACAAAUCCCAGUUCAAUGGAUUAACCACAUUGAUAUUUGCAAUUUUUUUUCCAUCUGUCUAUAUUAGAUAUCUUUUGGAAAAGGGUUAACUAUAAAACUUACGUUUCUGGUUUCACUUCCAAUUUAUGACAUUGUGACUUAUAUAGUGAAGUGGAGACUGAGAAUUACAAUGAACUAAUUCUCAGUAAUCUGCACUUUGAGCAGAAGCAAAUGUACACAGCGUGACACAGUACACGGAAUGUUCUGAAACUGCAGUGUUCAUAAGUAAAUGUAUAUUGACAUACCUUGCCCAACUCCUGCCAGACCCACAAUGAAUUAUUCAUUAUCUAGUACAACCAGACAGUUUCAACCUUCACCUAGUGCACAAACGAAAAUAUAAACAUAAUCAAAAUGUAGCUGAGCCAGUUUAUUACACAAUGGCCAUAGUACACAACAAUUACAUUUACUGCCAGAGUUAUAACUCAUUUUUCCAUAGGAGAACUUGUACUAAAGUGUUUUCUAAUUAUAGUUCAUAAUCCUUCCUGUUGUGGCUGUGUUCCUCUGUGUGAGGAGGGAGCAGGAACAUGAAGUGAGGUCAUUUUGCUCUGUGAGUUUGCCAAUAUAUAAUAAAAGACCUGACAGACUAUAAAAGCAGUGCCACUCAUUCAGUAUGCCCUCACACAGUGCCACUGGCAUCAGGAAGGACGCCUUUGCAGCUCCGCCCCCUCUGACGUCCCACAACGAGUGGGUGCUAGCUAAUGCGCAAGCGCGACAAAUGCCACGUGCGUAUUAGACCUCACAUGGCAUUUGACCUCAUUGAAUUAGACCUCAUUGAAUUAAUGCUUUCCUAUGAGGAAAAAUAUGACGCUGGAUGUCCUCAUACAGAGCGUGAGGACUUCCAGCGUCAGAUACAGAUACAUGCAUUUCAAUCCAGGAAGCCCUCUAGUGGCUGUCUGGUAGACAACGACUGGAGGCAGACUUAGUGCUGCAAUGUAAACAUUGCAAUUUCAAUGAGCUGAAGUGGUCUGGGUGCCUAUAGUGUCUCUUUAAUGUAUGAAAUAUCUAACUCCAUUAAUGAAUAUAAUCCUCUAACACAGGCAACUGAACUAAUAUAGCUAGCAAAUUAUUAUUCUAUACUCAUUGGCACUUCUUAAUAUUUUAUACAUUUCAGCUAUCUAAAAUCUAUGGCCCAGUGUUCAGCGUUCAGGUGGGCAUGAGGAAAUCAGUGAUCUUGGUUGGAUAUGAAUCAAUCAAAGAUGCUCUUGUGAACUUUGCAGAUGAGUUUGCAGAGAGGGCAUAUAUGCCAAUAUUUGAAAAGAUUGACAAAGGAAAGGGUGAGUAAAUUAAUGUAUGAUGUAAUCCAGAGGUGCCCAAAAAAGUAGAUCCCAACUGUUUUAAAACGACAGCUUCUGUGAUGCUUUGUUAUUCAAAACGCAUGCAAAGGAUUAUGGGAGUUGUGAUUCUACAACAUCUGGGGAUUUACCCUUUGGGCACCCCUGGUGUAACCCUUUGAUAAACUGAAUAUUGUUACAGAACAAGAAAGUUAUUUGUUUUGUGGACUUCACUGUAGCUAUUGCUAAUGCUAUCGUGACCCUCACCUCCACCCCCCCAGAAUAGUCCACUCUGUUUUACAUUUUAUUUUAUGCACUUUUUGAAGGGACAAUAAAUGCAGGAAUAAAUCUUUUUUUGUUUGUUUAAUUUAUUGUAAAUAUAAAGUAUUGAACAAAUUAUAUAAAAACAAAACAAAUUCAUAAUAAAUUGUAUAAAGAUUCUUUAAAUGGUACAAAGAUUUUGUUUUGUGCAAAUCUACACACAAUACAAGCCAUUGUUUUAUCAGACUUGAGCUUUGAUACUAGGAAAGAUAUAUUCGCAUUGGUUGAUAAUAUGUAUCAGACUCAUUUCCAUAAUGUGACAUUAUUGUGUAUAAAUAUUUAACAUUUACUUUUAGGAGUAAUUUUUUCGCAUGGGGAAAACUGGAAAGUGAUGAGACGAUUUGCCAUCAUGACAUUGAGGGAUUUUGGAAUGGGAAAAAAAACCAUUGAAGAUAAAAUUAUUGAAGAAAGCGGCUUCUUAAACCAACGUAUUGAGGCAUUUAACGGUGUGUAUAAAUAGAGAACUGUAUUUUUAGCCGUCUCUCAGUCAUGAGUUAUAUUAUGUUUGUUUUGAUGGUGUGUGUUUAGAUAUAUACAGUGUUUCUUCCCUGGAACCCUCGUCUCCACACGGUUUUGUUUGUGUUUGUUUGUUUCUUGUUUUCUUACUUUAAAAUACCCAACAUUUUGUCACAUUUCAAAAAAAAAAUUCUUGUUCACUGGAUUUCCUUUAGGCUGACUCAUAAUCAGUUGGAAACUAUGAAUUGGAGGGGGUACACCCAGAACAUGCAUUUCUCAGUAGUGGUGCUGCUGUAAAGACCAAAUAUAUACAAAAUACAAAAAAAGAACAGUGCACACAGAAAACAUCACCAAUCUUGGCAAAUAAAUAUGGCAAUUUGGUCACACCAUAUUGCCAUACCACUUUUAACCAACCCAAGUGGUAAAACAGCAUGUCAAUGGGAAGGAGUGAUUGAUGGAUAAAUAUGCCUGUGUCAAAAUAAGUUAGUAAAUAUAGUGUGUGGAAGAUCCAAACAGGGCCAAAGAGAGACUGAGCUGAGCUAUGGAGGUGAGGGAUGCGAUGAGGGCAAUUGCAUGAGAGUAGCAUCACCAAGGAUGAUGGUAUGCUUUCCUAAAGAGGCUAGGGAAGAGUGUGGUGGCAUGGGGUAGCAAAUUCCAAAAGAAUGGGGCAGCACUAAGAAAAUCCUGCAGAUGAACGUUGGCAGUGCAGAAAUGAGCCAAUAUCCGGAGAAGGUCAUUUGCAGAGUGAAGGCAAUGAGAAAUGGUUGCUUGUUGAGUAAAGAGGAAACGCAAUGAGGAAUGGAGUUAGUUAGGGAUUUGAAGGUUUGUGUGUGCAGUUUGAAUUGGAUCCUUAAGGGUACAUGAAGCCAAUGUAAUGUUUGGCAAAUAGGUGAGGGAAUAGCGGUCAGUCAGGAAUAUGAGUCUGGCUGCAGCAUUCAUUACAAACUGAUGAGGGGCAAAGGGGGUGUUUGAAAGGCCGAUAAGUAGUGAGUUGCAAUAGUCAAGACUGGAAAUGAAGAGUGGUCUGGUUAAUAGGUGUCCCAUUGACAUGCAUAGAGAUUGAUAGAGGAAGACUAUAUAAGGGAGGCGGAGAUAGGAUAUUGAGUUCUAGAAAGAUUAGGUUUUAGAAAACAGGAAGACAUCCAGUUACAGAUGGAAGAGAGGGAGUUUGUGAAGUGAUCAGGAUGGCAGGAGAAAGGUUAGUGGUGGAGAUGUAAAUCUGCUUAUUGUGAGCAUUUAGAGGGUAUUAAAAUCUAAAGGAGUUUAAAAGGUUACAGAGAGAAGCUCUGUAAAUGGUGAAUAAAAGAGGACACCAGAACAGAACCUUGAGGAACACCAACUGAGACAGGCAGUGUUAAAGAAAACAAACAAAGAAUGCACACACAAUAAAUACCUGCAGCUGAAUCAGUCAAAUUUCACAUACUAAUCUAGCCACUGUUCCAGCCAAUAACGUCUUUACUACUGAGUUUAUAUUCAUUUAUAAAAAUGAAGUAUACUAUUUUUCUGAUUUCUUUUACAGGGCAUGCAUUGUAAGCUGGUAAUGGAGCAUGUAUUGAAUGUCUUUAUAAUAGUUAGUAUGUUAGAACAUUACCUGCCACCUGCAAUGCUGUUAAAAUACAACUAUACAACUAAGCAGAGGUAGCAUUUCUGGAUGAUCAUUUUAAGAAUACUUGGACUACUUAUUUUUCCUAUCUAUCUCCAUCCCCUACAGUAUUUCUGCUUAAUUAAUGACUAUUGCACCCGUCAUCGUUAACUCUUGUUUAGUUCAACAUUUGUUUUUAUUAGUGUUAGUUUUUGCACUCAAAGCCUUGUUAAUUUAUGAUGUUCCCUAUUAAUGACUUUCACCUAUCUGAUCUCUGCCAUUCCCUCGUAUCCUUAAAUUUAAAUUCUUUCUCCUCUGCUUUUUACUUGGUUUAUUUUCAACAUCUCAAUGCUUCCCCACCCACAAUCUGUUUUAUCUAACCCUAGAUUCUCUCUUGUAACCUGGGUCCCAUGCAGCAUUUCAACAGCUACUCCCAGAAUUCAGUACCAAAGCCUUAAGCAGAGGUAGCAUUUCUGGAUUAACAUUUCCCACCCACACACCCUCCCCGGGGCACUCAUUACAUUUAUAGAUAGCUCAAAUUACCUGGCUUUCCUGACAAACCAAUCAUGUCCACCAAGCCCUCCACACCUAAAAUAGCUUAAUUCACACAAUGACUACCUUUUAACCAUUAACCCUCCUAACCUCAUCUAUGAUUUUCACAGCUCAAUUCUCCAUAUCUUAAAAACACAGCACCUAUUCUCCUAAUAAUGUUCUCCUUUAUAUUUUUCACUUUCUCCCUUACUUCCUUAAUUAUUAAAAUCUCUCUAUCCUUUUAUUUACCUGUUCCUGCUGACACCAUAUUAAUUUCUCCCUCUCUACUUCCCUCAUCUCCGUCUUAAUCACAUGCACUUUACUCAUAUCUAUCCAGCCUUUCUUCACAAACCGCUCCUAAAUUCCCUCUCAUCCCAAACAUUUAAAAAACAUCCCAAACAAGCUCUCAUCACAAACAUUUAAAUCUUUCUUCCACCUUCUCUUCCUUUCCAUUCUACUGCUCCUGGCAGCUGGUGAUGUCUCUCCAAACCCUGGUCCCUCCUCCACUAAGCCACCUGGUGCUAACAUCAGAAAUCACAACAAUCUAAUUUCCAUUCCAAGUAACUCUCGCUAUAAUUCCUCCUUUAAAGUGGCCCUCUGGAAUUGAUGCUCUGUGUGCAGCAACGUUAAAUCAACUUCCAUCCGUGAUCUAUUUAUCACACACACCCUAAACUUACUCUACUUAACAGAAACAUGGCUUUCUCCCGCUUAUACUGCUACCCCUGUCUCACUAUCCUUUGGUGGUCUUCACUUUACCCACAACCCAAGACAGGCUGAGAGUAAAGGUGGCGGUGUAGGAUUUCUGCUUUCAUCCCACUGCUCCUUUAAAAUAUGCCCCCCUUCCUUUCUUUCUCCAGCUUUGAAAUUCACUCAGUGUGUCUGUUCAAACCCAUCUCUGCCAACAUAGCUGCCACCCCCCCUGCUCCCCCCCUGGUUCCCCUAGUCUGUCCCUUGACCAUUUUUCUGCUUGGCUUCCAUACUUCCUUUCAGGUAAUAUCCAUUCCCUAAUUCUCUGAGAUUUCAACAUUCCCAUUAACCCAUCCCUGACCCCAGUAGCUUCCAAACUCCAUUCUAUUACUUCCUCCCUUGGCCAAUCACAGUGGGUUAAUAUUCCCACACAUGUAGCUGGUAAUACCCUCGAUCUUAUUUUUUCUAAUGCAUACACUAUAUCUCUAAGCUCCAACACUCAAUUUCCUCUCUCAGAUCACAACCUCUUAUCAUUUGUUCUUGAAAGACCCCUCACCCAACAGCCUCACUGUAAGCACCCUCAACUCAGAAGGGACCUGAAUUCUCUUGACCUCCAGCAACUCUCAGCUGAACUCUCAGCUCAACUCAUUCAUCCCCACUUUCUCAUGUCCCUCUCUGGCUAUUUCCUCAUAUAAUGCUACCCUCACCUCACGCUGCAGCCCUGCUCCAAAGAUGCACCUCAAGGAAGACGCACCUCCAACCUUGGCACACUAAAUCGACCCAUUACCUGCAGAGAUGCUCCCGUUCCACUGAAUGCUGCUGGAGGAAGUCCAGCACCUUGUCAGACUUCCUCCAUUAUAAAUUAAUUUUGUGUUCAUAUAGCACAGCCCUCACCCUUGCCAAUCAAUCCUACUUUUCCUCUCUUGUUAGUUCAAGCUCACAUAAUCCCAGGCGUCUCUUUAAUACCUUCUCCUUCACCUGCCUCAAGCCAUCUUUCAAUCUGACCUUAGAGCAGAUAGCGUUGCAUGCUACUUUACUGAUAAGAUUGAACACUUAAGGAAAUAAUUCUACCCCUUUUGCUCCUCCCUCUCUCAACCACACAUGGACCGUACCUUCCCACCUUAUCAUAUCUCCCCUUGUCUUGUACCAUCCUUAACACACCCUAAACUGCUCUCUUUCAUCUGGUGUUGUCCCUGCUCCCCUUAAGUAUGCUACUGUCGUACCCAUCCUAAAAAAGCUUUACUCACUUCCUAAAUCAAAACUCCCUCCUCAAUCCUCUUCAAUCUGGCUUUCGCCCCCUCCCCUCUACUGAGACUGCUCUUAUUAAAGUUACAAAUGACCUAAUCACAGCUAAAUUCAAAGGCCUCUACUCCAUGCCAAUUCUUCUUGACCUCUCUGCUGCCUUUGACACUGUUAAUCAUGUCCUCCUCCUCCAAACUCUUCAAACCCUCAGCCUCUGUGCCACUGUCCUCUCAUGGUUCUCCUCCUAUCUCUCCCAACGCUCAUUCAGUGCCUCCUUUUGCAAUUACACCCUGUCCAGGUUGGAGUACCCCAAGGUCCCUAUGUGGUCCCUAUGUGUUCUCUCUUUGUACCGCCUCUCUUGGGAAACUCAUUGCCUCCUUUGGAUUCCGCUACUAUCUGUAAGAAGAUAACACCCAGAUAUAUCUCUCCUCCCCUGAUCUCUCCCUCGCAGUCCUGCAACAUUUCACUGCUUGCCUUUCUUCUAUUUCUGAUUGGAUGUCCUCCCGCUUUCUGAAACUCAAUCUCUCUAAAACUGAGCUUCUUGUUUUCCCCCUUCAUAAUGUUGAUCCACCUCCUUUGUUCUCCCUGUGUCAUGGCUUACCUUAGUGGGAGUCCUGUAUGCAGAGAUAUGCUCACCCUUGCAAUUAAACACAGGCCAAGAACUCACCUGGCCUGUCAGCCUGUGCACGAGAGCUGUGCAGGAUGAUGCUCCAAGUCGCAGUACAGAUAUGGACAUAAACAGGAGAAUCGUUGUGGGUAAGCCAAAGGUCAGUGGGUGCCAGAAAUCAGGAUAAACGAGUAGAGAGCCGAGGUCAGAGGAUGCCAGAAGUCAGGAUACAUGAAAUAACAAGGUCAGGAAUCAACAGGAGAACACUGGAACAUGAACAGCAAUACGAGAACCAGAGGCAGUGAACUGACACUGCCCUCUGGGAGAGGCAGUGUCUUAUACCUGGCUAAUAAGGCCAUCAGCUUCAGGUGUGCUUGAAAAUGUUGGAGCAGCCACAUAAUAACAACCAGCCCUCAGUGCUGGAUACAAGGCAAGGUUAUACUUCAGGCAAUUACUAGAGCUGUAUAGUGGCAAAACAGCAGGUCCAGGACUGCAAAGUACCCAGGUUCAAAUCCCUCAUCGGGCACUUCUGGGAUGACCUCGUCUGGAUGUCGCGGUGAGAACCAUGACACCCUGCAAGUUGAUGGUGCUUGAAUCAGUCCAUCCUUUCAAGCUCUUUGUCUUGGUGCUAUCUUUGAUUCUGGCUGAUCUUCCUCACCCAUUGUUCAUCCUCUGUCGAUCCUUACACACGCUUCCUGUAUCAUAUAGGUGUCAAAUCAAAAUACUAAAGCUUACCAAUAAAGCUCUAACCAGCUCUAACCCCUCUUACAUUUCUUUCCUGUUUCAUAGAUUUGCUCCUUCUCGGUCUCUCCGCUCUGCCAGUGACCUUCUCCUGUCCGCUGUUCGCACCCUUACUGCUAACUCGCGCUUGCAGGACUUCUUGCGGGUGGCUCCCUUCUUUUGGAACAGCCUGCCUACCCCUAUCAAACUCUCCCCUAGUCUUCAGUUGUUUAAGAAGAGUAACGUAUCUAUACAUACCCAAGUCUGUCUCUUGCUCUCCUAAAGAGCUAUAUUCCAUUCUCACCUCCAGCUCUGCUAUUUUUCCACCUUGUUUGGUGGCUGUCAUCUUUGCCGCCCUGUUGUGUAUUUGUACCCCACCUUAUUUAGGCUGGAAGCUCAUUUGAACAGGGUCCUCAUGUACCUAUUGUUCCUGUGUCACUGUGUAAUUAUCUCAUGUAUUGUAAAUUCCCCCCCACCCCCCUUCAUAAUAUUGUAAAGCGCUGCAGAAUUAGUUUUUUGCUAUAUAACUACCAAUAAUAAUAACUAUAACAUUUGACACAUGUUGUAGUGUUGGAGGGGGUGAGGCACCAUUUUCACCUCCACUGCAAAAAUGUAGGGGGCAGAAAAGAACACUGAGAGAUAUUAGUUUCACAGCAAGAAAACAAAAGCUGAAACAAAGCUAUUUUGGUGACUAAAUUUACAGGCUAAAUUUGUUUUUGCUUUUCUAUCUCAAAAUGUAUGCACCUAUUUGGGAGUGAGAGAUUGUAAAAUGUAAUUGUACAAACACACAAGCAUAUCCAUUUUUUUUAUAAUUUGCAUUUGUUGAAUAAGAACAUGUCAAACAUUGUGUUUUGUUUUCUUGGAUUGUUCCCUUAUUUUUCUCGCAUCAUAUUUAUAGCAUUAAUUUGAAAUUUACAGGCCAACCAUUUGAUAACAUCAUGAUUCUAAAUGCCUCAGUUGCAAAUAUAAUAGUGGGAAUAUUACUUGGACGACGAAUGGAUUUUGAAGAUAAAACAUUUCAGAGACUCCUGUUUUUGCUAACUGAAAACGUGUUACUUCUGGGAACAUCAGGAGUUGCGGUAAUAUCGGAGUGUUAAAAUGUGUACUUAAUUAUAAAUGUAAGACAGCAUAAAAAUAUUAAUCUUCGAAAACAUAUACAUAUGGGGUUUAUUCAUUUACAUGCACGUAGCAAAGCAUUUACAAGGGAAUAUACAAUUUUAGGCCAUGAUAACUGAAAAGUGAAAAACAUUUUUCAAUCCCAACUAUUUUUGCCUAAAACAAAAUGGGCGAGCUUUGUUAAUUUUGUACAGUGCACUCCCAUUUAUAGAAACACGAGUUAAAAAACAAAACAAAAAACAAUACCAUGUAUUGAACUAAAUUUAUUUAUUUUUUUACAGCUCCUUUGGUCUUUUCCUCUAUUGGUGACUUUCUCACUUAAUCUGCGAAGCAAAUGGCGGGAAUAUGUUCUUAGCAGUGUAUUGCAAAAUAUAUACAGAAUAUAUAAAAAGCAAAAAUUGGAUAGCACUCCCAGGACUUGUAAAAAUAAAACUUAGCUAAUGUUGCUUUAUAUUAAAAGGUCAAAAUGUCCAAGUUUCAGUUUGAUAUCUCCAAACUUUCAUCAGGACCCCACCGGCCAUCAAUGAGUGUGGUUUGGGGGACACUAUGUCUACCUGCUCAUUCUAUUUUGUAGCCCCUAGUCAUUGCCACCAGGUCCCUUGUUUAUUUUAAUGGCCCCCAUUCACAUGGCAGUGUGGGGACACCAUUGUGACGUACCACCUGGCACCCCGGCUGGGUACCUCCGCCAACAGAUGCUUCCUAGCUGAUGCUGAGGACCGUAAGCACCGCACUGCAGACUCCACAACAACUGUAGUUUAGCUGGGAUCUUCUUCACACCUUGGACCAACCUCUGAUAUCCAGGACCAUCUGGGAAAGACCUCUCCUACUCCAGAGAGAGUAGCAGGAACAGCUCUUAUAAGAGCUAGUGAUUAGAACCCAGGGGAGUAUAAGGAGUAUAGCAAUCCCCAGUGUGACAAUGGCAAUAUAGCAGUUCCCCUCCAAUCACGAGACGAGGCUAUGUGUUGCGAGUUAAGCAGGAACACACUUUUAAUGGUGCCACACUGGCCUUUUAUGCAAGUCCCCAUGCAAGGGAACACCCACCUGGACCUUGUGGGGAACAGGAUGACAAUUGUUACAAGCCAAUGAUAAUGCAGUACAGUAUGUGACACUCCCACACAUUACACACAAUCCCUCCCCUCAGCCUAGGAGAUAAUUGAGUCAAGUCCUGUAUGUAACUCAAUUAUCUCCAGGCAGAAAAACACACAUUUUCAUGAAGUAUCAUAAGUACCCCAAAACACAACAUUUCCCCAUAAAAGUCACAUCUCCCCAUAGCCCUGAUCUAGGUGAACUGUCGGUCGGUACCUGAGUUAGUCGAGUAGCCCACCCACAACAAGCAAUUGCUGGACCUGGUGACUCUUGUAGUCUGUCUCUAUCCUAUAGCCAGUGUUACUGCUGCGUAGUGGGGGGAGUUGCUAGUUUGACAGCACUUCUGCUAGGUUGGCCUGCAGGUAGUCAGGCCCUGGACAGCAGUGCUCUACCCUGAUGCCAGCUCUUCUGCUGGAGGGGGGGUCAGUGGGUAUGGCAAUCCCAUCCACUAACCCCAGGGCCCGGCUGGGAAUUGGCUGUGGAGGGGAGAAAUCGCUUACCUCCUCCUCCUGAUAUAUCUGCGAGGUUAGUUAGGGAUCUGGACCGGACGUCCAGCAUCCCUGUAGAUCCAGUACAGAGAUCUCGGUCCCAUCUGUACUAUUGGGGUAAGGGUUGCUGACCCCCUGUAGCUGGACCACAUGUCUCUCCCAGUAUCUCCGGCUGCUGCUGGAAAGAGAGAUCGAUUGUCUCCUCUCCCUGUAAGGUACACUGCCGCUGGGGAGAGAGACUGGCUGUCUCCUCUCCCUGCAAGGUACACUGCGGCUGGCGAGUGAGUCUUUACUCUCAGUAACUCUGGCUGUUGCUGGGGAUCUGGGCCCGUUGCCCAGCAUCCUUGUAGGGCCGGUAGAGAGACCUCAGUCCCAUCUCCACUUGCCAUUUUGAGUUUCUCUCCAGACCCAUCUGUAAGGUCCCCAUGUAAUUGGAAGGAGGGAUCACCUGUCUCCCCUUCCGGUAUAUCUGACUGUUGUUGGAGAGUGAGGCCGGCUGUUCUCCACUCCCGGUAGAAUACACUGCUGCUGGGGAGAGAGACCAGUUGCCUCCUCUCCCUGUAAUGUACACUGCCACUGGGGAGAAAGGAUGACACUUUCUGCUCCAUGUGAUGCACACUGCCACUGGGGAAUAGGACUGACCGUCUCCACUCCCUGUAACUCCGGCUGUAGCUGGGGAUCUGGGCCGGCUGCCCAGUAUCCCUGUAGGACUGGUGGAGAGACCGCUGUCCCAUCUCCACCUGCCAUCUGGGGGUCUUCCCAGGACCAGUCUAUGAUAUCUGUCCAGCCAAAGGGCUCUAGUUCUGGAUCUGACACCCUGCUCUCCUGCAGUACAUUCAGAAUAUAUUGGGACUGACUGGAGCUGAGCAGGUACUGGUACUCCUGCUCCAGAUCACAUUCCCUGACGGCAGCAAUAGGGAGAUCGAGCAUGGCUUCUCUGUAGUCAUGUAUGUCCCAAAGCUGUGAUUCUGCAGCAUUCCUGAACUCUGGUUCGGCAAAGGCUUCCCAUAACAGGUCAGGGCUGUUGUAAUCCUUGCCCUUAGGUCUGUCGUACUUAGCCAUCCCGGGAACACACUGAACCGCGUACCACCAUAGCACCUGGUACGUGUCAUUGAGCCACAGUUUCCUCCAUACCAGUAAAUCAACCUGCUUCACCCACUCCCACCUUGGCUUUUCUCCCAGCAUAGGCAUCCGCAUUUCCCCUGGGGCCUGUAGUCGCUGCUACUCGCUGGGGAGAUGCUCACCUUGCCACAGCUCUUUUCAUCCUAUAGCUCUUUUCUGGCGUACUCUCUGUAGUCCAACAUGGCCGCUUCUGAUACUGGCCCAUCCUGUAAUGUCAAGAGGUUCAGCAGACAGACUCCGGCUGAAAACCCGUCUAAUUGGGAUCACUCUGCAGGCAAAGUUUAUCAUCCCAAUCAGCGAUUGCAAUUGCCGAAGGGUCACUUUGCGCGCAUGCACCACAGCGGCCAGAACACCCUGCAGCCCCUCCAGCUUCGCAAGCGGCAGCCGACACUCUUGUCCACCGCUAGCGGCACCCCAAAUCGGCCCGCCACCCAUUUGAUGAUUCUCAGCAGGUGCAGGCACGCAGGAGAGUCAGCUGGCCCUACGCAGAGGAAGUCGUGUAGGUAAUGCACCACCGCUCUGCAUGAAAUGGAACAGCCCAUCGGGAGGCAUAAGUCCACAAAGUAUCCCCGCCUGGUCGAAUGAUGCAUAAGAGACCGAGCACAAAUCUUUGUCAAUAUCGUCAUUCACCGAUGCUCCUUUUGGGUAGGAGAGGUGGUGAAUGAGACUGAACUUCCCCACAACCUUCUUGGGGACCACCCCAAGAGGGGAAACCCUUAAGCCCUCCAACAGUGGUACCAGGAACGGGCCCGCCAUCCUGCCCAACAGCACUUUCUUGCCAAGUUUUUCCCGGACAAAUACCGGGAACUCAGCCACCGAUAUGAGAUUACGCAGCCCCCGCGUCUCGCCCCUAUCCCGGAAGGAUAUAAAGAACCCUCGCUCAAAACCAGCCCUGAGUAAUUCGGCAUCCACCCUAUUACCAUAUUGGUUUAGCCAAGGCUCCGUCGCGUCUAGCCUCACUUUGGGAAGGCGGCCAACGAGGCGGACUGCCCCUCUGCGCCGGCCGUGUGCUGAAAAGGGCUGCACCUUCUGCGCCAUCAUCAGCUUCAUCCAGAGAGGUAGGUCCAUUUGAUCCCACCUCAUACCUGGAUUGGCCGCCAGCCACUGCCGGAACUGCUCAUCGUACAGCCACCAGGCCAGUACACAAUAGGUGCGGUACGCUUCCCAAAUUCCGUCCAAGUAGCAGAACAGGGAUGAGCAUGAACCCGGCGAUUUCUCGCCCAAUAUGCUGGCCAGAACGCCCUCAACCAGUUACCAAAGGACUUCGGUAUCUUGCAAUACCGCUUCCGUUUCUCCUCCUCCUCUUUUUUUCUCAUGUUUCUCAUCUUCCUCCUUGAGGUCAAUAAAGUCCUCCAAGGGAAGAAGGGAAAAGAUCUCACAGAACUCCUUUUUCCAAAUCUUUUCCUUCACCUCCUGUUUGAGGUGAACCCCCAGCGGGGGUCAACUCCGCCCUAUUGCUCUCUGCAUCCACUGCACCGCCACCCCAGCAUCUCCGCUUGAACCAGUCCCCGCAGAAAUCCCCUCACAGGACCCCGCGACCCCAGCCCGUCAUGCCCACACCUGACCUACAUUACCUCCUGUACCACCUCUCGCCCCCAUUGAGUGGAGUAGUGAUUGUAGUGUGUGUACCAAUGUGCUGGAUUUUAGUGAUUCACAGGACUCACCGGCCAAGGCCCUAGUCCCAGAAGUGCCCGGGGCUGCAUUGCAAACUGCCACAUGUCCAGGAUGAGCGACAUCCGUCAACCGGGAAGCCCACCCAGCACCUUGACAGCGCUGAGGAGGAGUGGCUCUGAGAUCUGAAAUGAGAUGUCCUGGGUAGGGUGUAUUGAUCCCAUGCUACCCUCCCGUCCCGACCCUGAGAGCGCCUGCCUGCAAUCAAAGCAUACCGUCGUGUGCCGCCUUACCUCUGCACUCCUGGGGACCAGACAGCCGCACCCCGGGGACUGCGACUCCUACCAUCCCCACCCAAUGACCGCCCCCAUCGAUUAUGCCUGGGAGACCCUGCCCUAUCCUCCGCUGAACUACCAGAUAUGGACCGGCGGCGCUGCGACCUCCCUUUCGUACCCCCAGACACCGAGACCCUGACUGGCGAAGGGCUAAGGCUGCUAGACCCCGAACGGGACCUACCUAUGCCGCCCUCAUCCUGCCCAGCAGCGCGGCCCUCCUGACCCACCUGUCUCCUAGAUACUGCCCUCUCAAACGCCCCACGGUCCCUGUGUACCCCUGACUACCGAUGGCGCGGGGGUAUACCCCUAGAACCCAUGUCGAUUUUCCCACCCACCUUUCCAGCUAGGCCUAAGGACCGCCCUGUAUCCCCAUCCCUUCACCUGGAGCCACUAAACCCCUUGCACCUCCCCAGCCGCCCCCCCCCCAUUCUACCUGUGGCCCAGGGGAAACUCGCCCACUCCCAACCAUAUCCCCCUGGCCACUAGCCCCGGGCUGCGCUCCCCCACUGCAUUGGUCACCAAGGUGUCCCCAGCCAGAGCCCCCUGCACUUGCCUGUUGUGCCAGGGGUCUGCCGUCCACGACCUCAGGUGGAGGGGGCUCCCUCCCGGGCCGUGACCCCUUCCCGGUAGUCACUCCAGGAGGCCGCCCGUCCGCAAUCGUGGCCUCCGCCUCCUGGCGCGGCCCGUCUGACCUGGGAGCCGCCCCGCAACUGUCCAAGGCAGUUGCCCGUCGAGGCCCUGGCUGCGCGAUGGGAGGCGGGGCCUCGACCAUGCGGCUGCUGGGCCUGCUGCGGCCUGCUCCUGCCGCCACUCGGCCUCCCAGACUGUCUUAACCGGGUCCUGCGCCCGGGCUUAGCCUCCUUGUUGGACUUCUGGCGUCCUCUCCCGCCAUACCACUCCACCGCCAGGGCUGGUCCAAGCUGGGCCCGUACCCAGUCCGCUCCCUAUUGCCGCACUGCCGACCGGAUUCCCUCCAGGAGCCUCUCGAUGUCGUCCAUGGCCCUGCAGAAAGAGAAAAAAAAAACACCAGGCCAAAUCUUAGGGCACAGGUGUGCACAGAAACUCGACCAGGUAGGAAAUUAAAAGUGACUCAUCUAAAAUGGCUACCUAUUUAAAUAGCCAAACCCAACUACCCAUAACUCCAAUCCCUGCUUGCUUCCUCCUAUGCCCACCUCCUAACCCCUGUCAAUCCUGCUGAACCAUUAUCUUUAGGCAGAUUAGAUAGUGUUUAGAUACUAUUUAGUACCAUCUUGCUAUCAUCUCCACUUAGCAACUUAUUUUUAUUACUGAUUGACUCCACUGUGAGGACUCCAUACUUACCAAUCUUCCUGUGCAGUCUCAAUCAGUCCUGCUUUAUUGUUUACAUUGCUGUAUUAAUUCCUAAUACUAGUAGGCAUUUUUAACAGGGUAUGGAUUUCUAAUACCUUUUAUAUGUUCACUGAUUGUACACAAGCAUAUUCACCACAUGUUAAGAUUUGUUAAUAUUAAAAAUUAUUUUUUUUUUUAUUUUAUUGAUCUAGUACUAUCUCUGGUAGCAACUAGUCUAGUAUCUCUGAGAUUUGACAGUCAGUCAUAAUUUCUGAUUUAUAUUUCAGACUGUGUAGGUACACUAUUUUUUUUCUUUUUUGAGUUAUAGGUGAAUUUCAAUGUUUUAUUCAAUAGUGUCAUUUAUAGAGAAUUGUCAGCUCCAUAUGUAUAUAUAAUUAUGUAAAAUAAAGGUAAGUCAACCUAAAAACUGGAUGGUUAGUGAAAAAAUAUAUAGGUUUCUACUUUUCUUUUUCAUUUAUAUUUUGAUUUAUUUAUGCAGAUAUACAAUAUGUACCCUAUUUUUGGAAUUUUUCCUGGAAGUCAUAAAGAAUUUUUCAGAAAUGUGGAAGAACUCUAUGCAUUCCUUAAAAAAACGUUCGUAGAGCAUAUGACCCAUUUAGAUAGAGAAGAUCAAAGAAGUUUCAUUGAUGCAUUUCUUGUACGGCAAAAAGAGGUAUGUGGCUGUAAAAGCAUAACCUUUAAAUGCUCUUUUCCACCUCUAUUAACCUGCAACUGCCAUAGUUGCCACUUGUUAUUUCUGUACCCCCUUUAUCGCUUUUGACAAUGACUAAACAUAAUAUAAUACUUAUAGUAAGCUCACUGAUACUUCUGUUUUUCUAAAUUUAGGAAGCAGAUAACCCAGAAUCAUAUUUUGAUAACCAUAACCUAACAACUCUUGUGAGAAACCUGUUUGCUGCAGGAAUGGAAACAACCGCUACCACUAUUCGUUGGGGUCUUCUGAUGAUGAUUAAAUAUCCAAAAAUCCAAGGUAGUACUAAAAAUCAUUAUACACGUAUUUGUAGGGAGUUUUUUUAUGUUUAUAUUUUUAACUUUAAGGCAAGUAAAAAAAACUCACAGGCACUCCAAGUGUAAAGCGGCAGGCAGGUUUAUUGCAACAAAAUGCACCGCAACAUUUCGACCUGACUAGAGGUCUGUGUCAAGCUUGACAAAGACCUCUAGUCAGGUCGAAACGUUGCGGUGCCUGUGAGUUUUUUUAUUUGCCUCAUCGUGUUGGGAUUGCUGGUCUUGCUCUGGAGCACCCGUGGCCGCUGUGAAUGAGUGCAGUUCCUGCCAUCAACUUUGCUAUAUCUUUAACUUUGUGAUGCGAUAUAUUAUUUAUUAGACUAAAGGGUGUGUAUGUAUAUGUAUGUAUGUGUGUGUGUGUGUGUGUGUGUGUGUGUAUAUGUAUGUAUAUAUAUAUAUAUAUAUGUGUGUGUGUGUGUGUAUAUAUGUUCAACUUGGAACUCACAGAAAGGAAUACUCCAACAAUCAUUGUGCUUUAAUGGGUGUGGCCUCCAGAGUUCUUUUCUCACCAAUGUAUGUAGUCAAAAUGUUUGCUAACAGUUUGGCAACUCAUCUGAGGUCUGCCAGGGGCCAGUCACUUACUCCACUGAGAGCCAGAUGCUUCUCUCUUUAGUUAGAUCUCCUCAGCUAAGUCUUGCUACGCAUGGCCAGUUCAUUAGUCAAGAGUAUUUGUUUAUUGUUCUUAGCCAGUGAGCUUUGUCCUGGUUACUGGUUAUUUUUUUUUUGUUUUCAAUAUAUCAUUUUUAUUGAUUUAAAAAAAAAAAACAAGAAAUCGGUAAAACGUAGCAAACAUUGAGGAAAUAUCCUCAUUUGAAAAACAGUUUGUAUAAACAUAUGUAUGUUAUAGAAUCUACAUCAAAAUUAUUAACAUAUGAGUAUUAUAGAUGUCGCGAACCAUUCGCGAACGGUUCGCCACGAGCUGUUCGCAGGGAACUCCGGUCAGCUGACACAUCCCGGCCAAUCUCCAGCAGACCCUCCCUCCCAGACCCUCCUACUUCCUGGACAGCAUCCAUGUUAAGCUCACUGAUACUUCUGUUUUUCUAAAUUUAGGAAGCAGAUAACCCAGAAUCAUAUUUUGAUAACUCCAGAGUUCUUUUCUCACCAAUGUAUGUAGUCAAAAUGUUUGCUAACAGUUUGGCAACUCAUCUGAGGUCUGCCAGGGGCCAGUCACUUACUCCACUGGAUGCUGUCCAGGAAGUAGGAGGGUCUGGGAGGGAGGGUCUGCUGGAGAUUGGCCGGGAUGUGUCAGCUGACCGGAGUUCCCUGCGAACAGCUCGUGGCGAACCACGGCGAACCGUUCGCAAGAAGUUCGCGGACGAUUCCCGACAUCUCUAUUGAGUAUUAUUAAGUAACAAACUACAUAAACAUUUGUAUAUCUUCCGGACCAGCUUUGGUCACCUUCAAAAAACAAAGUAAUAUUGGAUCAACUAUAGUUACAUUCAUAUUUUAAGAUUGACAGUCAUUAGAAAACCUUCUGUUACAAGAUGCAUGGGUGUGUGCUGCUAAGCAUGGUUUAUGAUAAAACAUUUUGAUAACGAUUAGGUAUUUGAGUAAACGGUGUUACAGAAGAGACUUCCAAUUGGGCUCCUGUUUUGUUAGAUAUAUAACAUGUAUUUUUUUUUAUUACUAUGUGUCAGUUAGAAUUGCUUACAAAUCCUACAAGUGAAGAAAAUGUUUUACCUACAAUAUGUCUCUGUCAUAGGGGAUUCAUUAUUUGCCGGGGACUUAAAUAUUUUUAUUUUAUUCUUUAUUAAAAUGCAGGGCCAUCAUCAUGGGGUGACAACUAUAACAGUUGUAACAGGCCCAGCCAUCCGGACCCUUCAUUCCAGAUCUGGAGCAGCAAAACUGCUGCCAGUGCAGAUGCAACAGGGCCCGCACGCUGGUGGGGCCCAUCGGUUGGCACUCAAUGAGCAUAUGUCUUCAAGGGUCCACUCAGCAUUGCAGCCCUUUAAUAGUGUGAUUGUGACCCUCUAAAAAUGCCAGCCACAGCUGGUGCUGGGAGAAAGCUUACUCCACAUGGGAGGGAGGAGACCGAGUGGAGUCAGGGAGGAGGGUAGAGCCAAAUCAAGUUCCAAUAGGCCCAGCCACCUGCCUGCACUCAAAAGUUGGCUAGAAAUGACCUGCAUGUGUGUGUGUCAGUAUUUAUGUAUGUGUGUCAGAAUGUCUGUGUGUGCGUCUGUAAAAAUUAUGGUAGGAGCCGCACUUAAUCCCAGCAGCCACCCGGUGCUCCGGAGCAGGACCAGCAAUCCCACAAUGACAAAGCAACAAAGAAAUCCCCCAGGCACUCAAAGUGUUAAAGCCACAGGCAGUUUUAAUGAAACAAACAAGAACAGCAAUGUUUCAAACUCCUAAAAGGUAUUUUUCAAGCUUGAAAAAGACCUCUUAUGAGGUCAAAAUGCUGCUGUUCUUUUUUGUUUCAUUAAAACUGCUUGCGGCUUUAACACUUUGAGUACCUGGGGAAUUUCUUUGUUGCAUUGUGUGUGUGUCUGUGUGUACAUCUGUGUAUGUAUCUAUGUGUGUCUGUAUGUCGCUGUAUAUCAAUGUGUAUGUUUGAUUGGUUGAUUAUAUAUUUCCUACCUGUUCUAUAUUAAAUUUUGUAUUUAUUGUGUAUUAAUAUUGUUUUUGUAUUUUAUUGUACCCUAAUGUAACAAUGCAAUGAUUUGUGGACCCAGGGCAUACUUGAAAACGAGAGAAAUCUCAAUGUCUCUUUCCUGGUAAAAUAUUUUUUAAAUAAAUAAAUGUCAGUGUGUGUCUGCAUGUCAAUAUAUGUGUCUAUCAGUGUGUGUGUCAGUAUGUCUGUGUGAUUGUUUCAAUGUGUUUGUGUGUAUCUGUGUUAGCAUGUAUGUCUGUGUGGCAAUAUGUGUGAUUAUAUCUUUGUGCAUAUCUGUGUGUCAGUAUGUGAGUGUAUUUGUGUGUCUGUGUCAUAAAAUUUUUGCAUGUAGGCAAAUAUUCUUUAUGUAGAUGUAUGACUGUGUUGGUGUAAUUACAAUGACUUUGAAUAAUAUAUUAAAAUGUACUAAUAUAAGUGUAUGUUACUAUCUCUAGAAAAGGUCCAAGAAGAGAUUUCGCAAACAAUAGGGUUAGCACAACCCAAUUACAGCCAUCAUGGACAAAUGCCCUAUACCAAUGCAGUGAUACAUGAAAUCCAGAGAUGUGGUGACAUUCUUCCAAUGACGGUGGCACAUGAAACCACAAAAGAUGUCAACUUCAGAGGAUAUUUUCUUCCUAAAGUGAGUCCCACGUUUAUCUGGAAUGGUAAAAUAACAUAGUAAAAUAACAUUCUGAUUGUAAAAUCAGCUGAUGGGAUUAGCUGCAGUUAAGAAAUUUAACACGAAAGAAGAUAAUGAAGGUGAGGAAUAAGAGAGAGAAGGGAUUUAAAAGGCACUGUAUGUAUCCAACACCAGCAGAAAAUAGAGAUGUAAUAUAUAUAUAUAUAUAUAUAUAUAUAUAUAUAUAUAAGUUAAUUUAAAAUAUGAUUAUUUAAAAUUCAUCUGUACUCAAAGGAGAGGAGAAGGGUAGAUAAUUCUAUGAAUAGAGAUACAUUUAACUGAUAUCAGAAAAGAAAAUCUUUUCACUGAAGUGUAAGAUGAAUGAUUCAUAUUUUGUUGUUGUUGUUAUUAUUACUAUUAUUAUUAUAUUGCUAGGUCCAGCAAAAUGCUUACCACAGAUUAUUAGAAAACCUUUUAAAUUGAUUAGGUAUAAAAUAUAGAUUUAUUUCUAGACGUGUAAUUUAUCGAGCUCCUUGUGUUCUGUCUCUAGGACAAAGAGCUAAACAUUCCUGCUCCAUAAACUCAAGGCCGGACUGGGGAUUCCAAAGCAGCCCUGGAAAAAAAAAUCUAUGCCAGCCCCAUAAGUCGUUGCACCAUAUAUUGUCGCAUGUAAUAUGUAAGGCUAUGUCUUGCCAUCCUAGAUGAUUGAGAUAGAUAUAUAUAUAUAUAUAUAUAUUGCUUUUUCCAAUACGAUAUAAAAUAUUGGUCCUUUCAGAGUAAAAUUUGUAAUUAUACAGUAAGCAUACUCACAUGCAGACACAGACAAUCUCACUGACACAAGCUGAUUGAUACACAGCCUCAUAGACAAACAAUCUCACUGAUAUUGACAUAAAAACACAAGCUCACUCAGUAGCAGGCACACACACACACACACACACACACACACACAAGCAAGCUGUCAGGAUUACUGUUUGAUCCAGCGCGUAGAACUGUACAGCAUGGAUGACAAAUAAGUAACGUAUUACCGGUCCUUAGAAUGGCCGGAUUUAACGUACAAAGAAUAGUCAAAAAUACUAGCCGAGGUCAGGGAACACAGAAAGGGACACAGCGAUGAGGAAAGCCAGGAGUCAGGAUACCAGAAUAUAGAGAAGUCAAUAAACAAAGCCAAAGUCAAAAACCAGGUAGAAAACUAUAAACAGGAACGCGCUCUCGGACAACCACAAGGGAAACCCCGACAGGGCACUGAGCAGGCUGAGAACUGGGCCUAAAUACCCCUCCUUUAGUUCUGAUAGGCUGUAACCGGCCUUUGACCCCAAAGUCCGUUACCAGGUUUCAUUUGCAUAAUUGCUGCUCAGCAUUAACCCUUCUGUGGAUUAGGUUGCUGCUCGGCACAACUUUUCCUGUGUGGACAGUAAAUGUCAUUAACCGCUUUUCUAUAAGCGGAUGAAUACAUGACACCAGGUUUCAUUUGCACAAUUACUGCUCAGCAUUAAACCUUCUGUGGAUUAGGUUGCUGCUCGGCACAACUUUUCCUGUGUGGACAGUAAAUGUCAUUAACCACAUUUCUAUAAGCGGAUGAAUACGUGACACAAGCCCACUCACUAGCAGGCGCGCACACACACACAGCUUAAUGUAGUGGCUCUGGUGUCUAUAGCCUGUCCCUGCAGGCUUUUCAGUGUAAACACUGACUUUUUAGAGAAAAGGCAGUGUUUACAUUGCUUCCUAGUGACAGACACUCAGACGGUCACUAGAGGUGCUUCCUGUGUCAGUGCGGAUUGGCUGAGAUUAUCAAGCUUGAUGAUCUCAGACAUAGAGGCAGGGCCAGUCAAGGGGAGACCAGCACGAUGUGGGAAAAAACAAAAAAGGUGAGGAAAAACACACAUACACACACGCACAUACCAUGACAGACACACACCAUGACACAGACAGACCGUGACACAGACAGAAACACACACACACCAUGACACAGAAAGAAACACAGACACACCAUGACAGACAGACACACCAUGACACAGACAGACACACCUUGACAUGCACACACACCAUAACACAGAGUGUGACACAGACACACACACCAUGACACAGACACACAUUACAUGACACAGACACACACACCAUGACACACAGACACACACACACCACGACACAGAGAGACCAUGACACACACACACCGUGACACAGACAGACACACAUUACAUGACACAGAUAGACACACACACCAUGACAAACACACACACACCAUGACACAGACAGACCGUGACACAAACACACAUUAGAUGACAGACAAACACAAUGACACAGACAAACAUUGCAUGACACAGACAGAUGCACACACCAUGACAGACAGACACACACACCAUGACACACAGACACACAAUGACACAGACACACAUUGAAUGACACAGACACACACACACCAUGGCACAGACAGAGACACACACACCAUGACACAGAUGCACACACCAUUAGAGACACACACACACACACCAUGACAGACACACACACAAUGACACAGACACACCACGACACACAGACACACACACCAUGACACAGACAGACACACACACACACACACACCAGGACACAGACAGACACACACACACACCAUGACACAGAUAGACACACACAUACACUCACACUGACACACAUAAUUGCUACCUGUGUGCUGGCGGCCGCAUGGGGGAGCUGGCUCUCCUGGCGGCCACAGAGGGAGCUCUUUUGGUGGCCGCAGGGGGAGCUGGCUGUUCUGUCUCUGCUCCCCCACCCCAGCACACUGCUUAAUGAGACCAGGGCCUGAAUAUGAUGUCAUAUUCCGGCCCCGGUCUCAUUAAGAGGUGAGCUGGUGGAGGGGGAGCAGAGACAGAAAAGCCAGCUCCCCCUGCGGCCGCCAAAAGAGCUCCCUUUGUGGCCGCAGGUCAGCCAGCUGCCUGCCCGGCCCCAGGUGCCGAUGGCCCACUGGGAAAUUUCCCGGUAUCCCGGUGGGCCAGUCCUGCCCUGCAUAAACUUCAGAUACCAUAUUUGUUUGAUCUCAAAUGUAUUAGAACAAGCCAGGUGAAACUACAAAUGGUAGAAAUAAACAUAAAUCAGUACAGUAUUGUAUACAACAAAGAAACAAUGAUCAAUAAUACAGGAUAGGAUGACAAGAAUUCACUUUUUAAGCUCUCUAAGGGGUGAUGGCUAGGGAUGAGAAGUACAUGACUUGCUGCUUACUGUAUUUUCCCAAGGUGGAGGCUGAUACACUUCCUGUACAAGUUCUGCCCAUAAUGCUGUGCUUUCUAACAACUUUAUUUAAACCUCCUGAGUUACAAUAUAUGCAGAACUAGAGCUAUACCAAAAAAUAACAGUAGAUGAGCUCUACAGAACUAGCUGGUGUAAGUAAAGGAACCCAACAUGUUAUUCUAAACAACAAAACACAAAUAUACUGAAUAAAGUCUGGAGGACAGAACACCUUGUUUCUCAACUACUGGUACGCAUACACAAAGGGGUAUGUGCACUAAAAUCAGGGGGUGUGCCAAAACCUGGCUGACUGGCCACCUUACUUUAAGAAUUCACACAAGCUAUAUAUAACAAUGUUCUUGUCUUUUUUCUCUCUUUCUUGUUUUAUCCAGGGAACGCCGGUGAUCCCAAUAAUCACAUCUGUCCUGAAUGACAAGACACAGUAUCCCUAUCCAGAUAAAUUUAACCCAAAUAAUUUUCUUGAUUCAGAAGGAAAUUUUGUGAAAACCGAUGCUUUUAUGCCAUUUGGAGCAGGUAUAGCACAAUAUCUUAUUUCAUGUUAUGGGACCUGAAACUAGUUAUUAUGGAGUUAUAUUGUCAAAUUCAUUAGUGCAAAUGGUUUUUGGAUGUUGUGUGAUUAUGUUGCAAAACUGAUUUUGGUGCCUAAAGGUAUGUUCUAGUGAUUUAAAAAAAAAAACUUUUUGAUGAUUUUAAUUAGCCGAUCUUACACUCCCAAGUUAUCCUUUAACCCCUAUGUGACGCAUAACGGAAGUUUUAUGUCAUUUACUAAAGUUAACCCCAGAUCGCCACGAUUGCCACAAUUCCCACAAUUGUGGGUUUAACACUGCUCCAGACUGCCUCAGUAUCUGAGGCAGAUGAGUAGCACCUACUCAGGGGUUAAAUGUAUUUAAGUUAAUUUUAAGAUUAUAUAUUUAGCUAGCUUGGGUGGUUGGGAGUUAGUUGGAAAUUGGGGAAUUCACUGUUAGGCUAGUAAGGGUUUCACUGUAAAAAAAAAAGUUUUUAAAAAUUUUAAUAGCAUAAAGAAAAGUUUAAAAAAGUGAAAAAAUAAUUUAAUAAGUAAGAAAAAGUUUUAAAAUGUAAGAAAAAGUUUAACAAAGUAAAAAAUAUAUAUAAAGCACAUGCUCAUUACCACUACACCUGGAACAAACUAGCGAAAAAAUUAUCCCACGCCUUUUGAAACACCAGAGGGUGUAGUCUUUAAAGAAUGGUAUGCGUUUGUAGGGUAAUUUAAAUAGCCAACUUGCUCAACUACUCCAUAAUGGAACAUACACCCAGUGUAAAAAUUAAAAGUUUGAAAAAAAACUGAAUGGCUGCGUCUCACAUGUGCCCCUUCAACAUCACCAUAUAUCUGGCAAAGGUACAUACGGGGAUAUUCCUUUUCUCAGACAAUAUAGCUAAGCAACCUAUGAAGUCUUAUACUGCCAUAGCACGUGAUGGACCACUUGGCACUCUGACUGGGUGCUUCCACCAACUGAUGCUCCUAGUGCUCACCAAGGGCUCCAAGCACUCCACCCGACACCAUCAGCACUGUAGUCCCCAUGUCCAGCAUUACAGCUUGGCUGGUAAUGCGCCAUCCUCCACCCACACUGGACCCAAGACCAGGAUCCAGCUUACAGUGGGUGAAUCUCUCCUACUCCUGAGAGAGUAGCAGGAACAGUUCUUAAAAGAGCUGGUGAUUAUAAUCCCAGGGGAGUAUAGUGAUAUAGCAAUCCCCAGGGUAGACACAGCAGUUUCCUCAACACAUGAGAUGUUGAGGGUAAGCAGGAACUCAAUUUUAAUGGUGCCACACUGGCCUUUUAUGCAAGUCCCCAAUCAAAGGGUACGCCCAGAUGGACCUUGUUGGGACAGGGACACAAAGCCUACAAACCUAGCAGAACAGUAAUUAAUUAAUUAAUCCCAUAACAAACAUACAAUCCCUCCCCUCUGCCUGUGAGAUAAUUGAGUCAGAUACUGUAUUAACCCAAAUAUCUCCAGGCAGAAAAAAACACAUAUUUUACAAAACCCCAUAAGUUCCCCAAAAACACAUGAUAUCCCCACAAUUGUUACAUCCCCUGAUAGCCCUUAUCUGGGUGACCAACAUAUCCAAAAACACCCAGAUCACCUCAGGGGUUCAGGAAUUUCAUGGAAGUCUUAUUUUGACCAAGUGCAUGCAUUGUUUCAUGCCCAAAACAGUUCCAGAGAAUCAGGCUGUGAGGCUGGUCUACUUCUAGGCCGUUCAUGGGUAAAGUCAUUAUAUGUCGCUUGCUCAUGCUCUUCUUCUUUUUAUCGAAUGCAUUCGACUCCCAUCCGAAUAGCCGAACAUCCAUGGAAGGUAAAUAUUUAGCGUGAAUGUGCCGUUGAGUGUCCAAUUUGAGUUCCAUGAACUCAACGACCAAACACCGCUCAUUGUACUCGCGGUUUAAGAUGGCCCCUACUUCAUAUUCGAAUGUCAAAUGGCAGCAACUUCGACUGUUCGGGAGUUCGAAGUGCUACUGUGCCAGUCCAAAAGGGGCACAAAAAGUAUCUUUAACCCAAAGUUCACCACAGGGGCCAUAGUCACAGGGCAGGAGGCUGGCAAACCGUCCCCUCCAAAAACCAGUGGCAAGGUUACUUUCGCCACAUAGCACACAUAAGGUUUGUGAAAUAUACAAUAGAAGCUCACUGUGUGGGCAGUGGCAUAGCAAGGGAGGAAGAGGGUAAGGGGGGAGGGGGCUGGAGGUCCACCCCAGCUGCGAGGUUCCUGCUCCCACCCAAAUUGCCAGUGAAGUGACCCUCCUCCCACUUUCUGACUGAGACCUGGCAGCUGCUCUGCUUGCCAGGUCUCCUCCAUAAGGUGCAGUAAGUGAGGGGAAGAGGUUGGACUGGAGGAUGGGAAGUACCUUGACAGGACUGUGGAGUGCUGGCAGAGAGGAGAUGAAGAGCAGACUGCCAGGUUGCUCUCUGCACAGCCUCCCUCCUCCCUUCUCCCUGCAUCUUCGCAGAUCCCCUUACUCCCUGCACAGAUCCCCUCUCUCUCCUGUACCCUGACAGACCCCCUUUCCUCCCUGCAGAGAUCCCCUCACUCCCAUUAACCCUGACAGUUCCCCCUCUCCUGCACUGCCCCAUCCCUCUGCUGCCCUGCCCCCUCCCUCCACAGAUCCCACCCCUCUUGUCUCUACACUGCACAGCCCCCAUCCCUCUCUGUACAGACCCCCUGCGCCCUCCACAGACCCCCUUCCUACCUGCACCUUCACAGACCUCCUUCCUCCCUGCACCUUCACAGACCCCUUUUUUUCUGCCCCCUCAUUUCCCCCGUGCACAGGCCCCCUUUCUCCCUGCACUCUCCAAAACCCAUCUGCACCUGCUCAUCCAUCCCUGCACCCUCCACAACCCCCCUCCACACAUCCCAUGCCUCCGUGCUAAAAAAUAAAGUAUAUUUAGGCACUAAAAUGGGUAUGUCUGGUGCAGCCACAGACAUCAGCGACUGCACCGGACAUUACGUGGUUCAAGAUAGGGACUGCAAACUAAGCAGCAACCACGGCCUACAAAGCUCUAGCUCUGUGUGGGUCAAAAAAGCAGAAAAAAUACCUACUACUACACUUGGUACAAAAUAGCAAAAAAAUUAUCCCACACUAAGGUUCAAAAUAUGUCUUUUGUAAUACCCCGGGGUGUAUUUUUUAAGAAAUGGUAUGUCGUUGUGGGGUAGUUUGAAUAACCAACCUGCUCAACUACUCCUAAAUGGGCUGUGGACACAGCAAAACAAUUCAAAGUUUGAAAAAAAAUGAUUUUAUAUUUAGACUCCCUGAGAUAGCCUUGUGGGGAUACAGUUUCCAUUCCGGGCAGUAUCCAUCUAAUAACAGUGAGACCUCUAGUAACAGGUUGGACGGCACUACUAUACAGACCUUAGUCUGAUACUUUAUUACAUAGAAUAAUUUUGUGUUUUCACGGAUAGCCUGUUUUUGUACAUUUGAGUUAGUCUCUACGCGAUCAGAUCACUAUAUAGGCUGCAGUUAAUUACUUUAUUUAGAUAACAUUUACUGUUUACUAGAUGUAGACCUGUAAUAUUUUCUGUUUAUUUAGAAGCAUCAAGCCCUUGUGGGCACUUGUAUACAGAUUUAUUUACUUACCCUUAGGAGAGAUAAUUACAAGAUAUUCUGUGGAAAACUACAUUUAAGUCUUCAAAUGUGUUUUUGAGGACUUCUGUGGUACCUCCUGACAGUAAUUGUCUCCACUUUUUGACACCUCUCCACUCGUUUAAAAAAUUGCAGUUGUCGCAUUUAGUAUACAUACCACGCAAUUGUAUUUCAAGCAAUAUAAUAAAGGUAAUUUACGGUACCCUAGCAUUGGUAUGUGUAGGUAUAGUCUAAUUUAGUAUUCUUUUCACUACACUUUACACAACCAUUUUUAUUGGAACUCUAUGCAUAAAUUUCACAAUUUGUUUUCCAGAGGGAACACUUGUUUCGUUACUCUAUACACAGGGUUUAGCCCUUUAAUUUGGAAGACAUAUUCAGGAGAACCUUACUCCAUCUAUAAUUAGUUGGAAUAUAUUGCCUGCUAAAGUGCUCCAAAGUGGAAAACAGACCCAUCAAAACAAUCUAUGAAAAUUCACACUUAAAAACCUGAAAUUGUCACGUCUCUUUUACAGCACUGUAACUUCACAAAAUAGUGUCUAGGUCAUACAUUGGGCAUAUUGUUUUACUUAGAAGAUGUAACUGAUGUAACUAAUGCCAUUGUUUAUCCUCACCACAGACAUUGACAUAAAUUGGUGGAAAAAUGGUGAAAAGUUAAAGCACUAUAUAUAUUUAUAAUUCAGUAACCAGCACUUGAAUUUGCGACCGAGCUAUUUGAUUUAUUAGUUUAUUCAUUUUUUCAUGAAUUCAUCUUUAUUAAAAAAAAUUCUACUAUCAUAUCGGCACUUGCUUAGUGGGAAUGGUGGCAGGUGCCCUUGAAGGCACAGAGGGUGUGCUAGUUGGAGGAUUUGAAGUAUAGCUAGUUGAUUGUGAAGCUAUCAGCAUCCUGACAAGUCUCUGUUUAUAUCUUGAAGAGUUAGCACUAACAGAAUUCUAUACACUGAGUACUUAGAGAUCCAGCUAUAGAACCCAUUAGCAACUUCAAACUCCUACCCCCGAGUCUUUAGACUGCCUUCUCUGCCUGCCAAACGAUCUAGAUGUUUUCUCUGCCUGUUACAGAUUGAUACGUAUAUGGUAUUCUGUGAGUAAUAAGUGGAACACUAAUAGACAUAUAUACCUAGUGACGAAUAGACAGUUUUGACUAUAGGACUUCUAUAACUCUAUCUAGGUUUCUAAUAUAAGUUUAAUUCUCCUUGAUAAAUUAAGCUCCUUUUUACCAUUAGUAUUAUCCUGUCAUUACCUUCAUUCAGCAGUUUAUCUAAAUCACCGACUGCUGGGACUUUUUCUUUUGCGGUCUUAAUCAGUCCUGCUGAACUGUUAUCUUUAGGCAGAUUAGAUAGUGUUUCUAUACUAUUUAGUACUAUCUUGCUAUCAUCUUCACUUAGCAAUUUAUUUUUAUUACUGAUUGACUCCACUGUGAGGACUCCAUACUUACCAAUCUUCCUGUGCAGUCUCAAUCAGUCCUGCUUUAUUGUUUACAUUGCUGUAUUAAUUCAUAAUACUAGUAGGCAUUUUUAACAGGGUAUGGAUUUCUAAUACCUUUUAUAUGUUCACUGUUUGUACACAAGCAUAUUCACCACAUGUUAAGAUUUGUUAAUAUUAAAAUUUAUUUAUUAUUUUAUUUUAUUGAUCUAGUACUAUCUCUUAUAGCAACUAGUCUAGUAUCUCUGAGAUUUGACAGUCAGUCAUAAUUUCUGAUUUCUAUUUGACUGUGUAGGUACACUAUUUUUCUUUUUUGAUAAUUUCUACCUGGGGUUACCCCCCAUUUUCUUAGUGUACCUAAUUGUUGGCUCUACCUCUGCUCUUUUUCUUACAUUCUUGGAGCCACCUUUUUGAAUUAGCAUUUUAAACAGAUAAGAAGUAAACACACAGGUAACUAAAAGGUAGCAAAAGUGAUAUAAAAUCAUAAAUCAAUAAUCAAUUCUUUAAAACAAUGAAUGGGCUGCUUCACAACACGAAAUCAAGCGGAACUAGUUAUGAAAAUAAACGUGUGAGUGGGCGCUCUAAACAACUCAAAUGUAUAUUCCAGCAGCAAAAAGAUCUAAACAGUUGAUAACCUGAAAAGGUCUCAAUCUGUAGCAUCAAUUAAUGUCUGAAGGUAAAACUGUAUAAAACAGCUAAUAUAUCAGAAAUAUCAUGAAACAAAAUACAUAGUAUAACCUCUGAGUACCAACAACCUAGAGUGUGGAAGUAUAUAACACAAAAGGUGACACUAUCGGAUUCAGCAAUCCAUAAGUAUAAAAAAUCUCAACCAAACAAAUACAUAAAUAACAUUUAUUAAAUAUAAAAUAAAACACAAUAUAUGUGGAAUUAUGAGGAUAAUGUUAAUAUGACUCCUUCACUGGAGAAUUAUCGGAUAAGGGAAAAAAUUAAAAUAAAUUCAAUGUUUAGGAAAAAAAUCUAACAAUGGUAAAAAAGUGGGAAGAGAUUCUAUCAGUAGAACGCUGGAGGUGCAUGCAUGCUAAAUUAUACCGGGUAGAUGGGACAUAGAGCUCUUAAACCUUCCGGCUAUCAUGGCUCUGCUAAGGGUGUGCUGAGACGAAACCCCAAGCCUGAAAAAGCUCUGGUGGAAUCCCUGUAUCACUUACCCUGUUUGCCGCGCCAGAAGCUGGGUAGAGGAGCAUGCCGCUCCACACUCACCCAAUGUUGGAAAGACUAAAUCUAUUUUUGGCAAAAAACGUCAGCCGAGAUGUCGUAAUCCGGACCUCAACAAGUUAGUGCUGGAACUAUGAGUGAAGAUGAUAGAUUCAGUCAUUUCAUCGUACUUGAAGACUUUAUCAAGACUGUGAUCUUCCAAGAAUCUGAUCGGUAUAUAUACCGAUACUCAGAGCUAAUUAAAAAAUUUACUUGUGAUUUUUUUUUUUUCGCAAAAUGGCCGUUAUUAAAGUGACAGUGAAAAUAAAUAAUAAAAAAGGAAUUGGACACAGAUUUUAAUAAUAAUAAGAAAAGAAACAUUAAAAAUGUUGAAACCUAUUCCAUACCCCUAAAUCAAAUGUGAACAGUAUCUAGGGCUGAUGCUUAAAAACACCAAAUGCAUUUAAAGUUUUUCCUGAUAAAAUUUAUACACUUAAAGUAAGAUUCAGACAUAAAACACAGACAACAUAUUAUUUAAAAUCAGUCACAUAUUCAGUGACAAAAGUGACACAGUGAGUAUUCACAACUACCCUAAAAUGCUAUAAAACUAAGCCAACAUUAGGUCCCUACUUUCAUAUAGAUUUUAACUUGAAUAACAGCUAGUUGUCCAAUAGGGAGACCCUAUAUGAUCAACAGAAAUCUGUAAAAGAUAUAUAAAAAUACUGAUAAAAAAUAAGUAUCAAUUGUCGGAAUUAAAGGUCCAGCAAAUACUGGAUCUUAAUAUAUAUCUAGGUGGAGAAGAGUUAAUCGGAUAAAAAAUGAGAAGCUAAGAAAACUAGAAAAAGAAAAAAGAACUGUGUAAUCUGUUCUAAAUCUUUAUUUAGUCCAUAUUGGUUAAGGCUGUUGAGCCUGAAGAUCCAGUUUGUUUCAGCCAUAGUAAGGGCUUUUUUCCUAUUUACAGUAAAAUUAUCAUCUGAGAUAAGUUGUAUCCCCAUCAUUGAGAUAUGUUUAGAAUUGCUGUAAUGAACUGCCUGAAAAUGUUUCGCCACCAGCGAUUUUUAUUUUUUAUUUUUAUUUUUUUAUCGUUAUGUAAAAUUGCCAGUCUAUGUUCCCUAAACUUAAUUUUCAGUGUUCUGCUUGUCUGUCCCACAUAGAGUAAUCCACAUGAGCAGGUGAGUACGUAAACAACAUAGGAUGAAUUGCAGGUAAUCCUAGAAUAAAUUGAAUAUUUUCGAUCACUAGAAGAGGAUCCAAAUUCAGAUUUCCCAUGACAAAUAUAUUGACAAGUGAGACAACGGAUAGCACUGCAUCUAAUGUUGCCCGUAACGUGUUGGGGAAGAUGAUUUGGGGGUUCAAUAGGAACUAAUUUGGAAGGAGCUAAGAUAUUUUUCAAGUUCAUAUUUUUACUGAAGGUGACCCUAGGUUCCAUGGGAAUACUAAAGUUCAACCAGGGAUCCAGGCGAAGAAUAGACCAGUGUGUCUGUAGGAUAUGAAUAAUUUGGUCAUAUGCGUUGUUAAAAGUUGUGGUAAAAACGGGACCCUUAUCCAUUGAAACGUCUUUAGUGCUGAUGGCGAACUUAUGAGGAUUCUUUUUAGGUCUGCACGGUUGGUUCAUCAACAGGAGUGUAAUGGACUGGUGGACAUUAGUAGGGAUGAUUACAGGGGUGGGGGGGAAUCUCCCUAAGAGGAGUGGUAAAUACGUGAAUUUCUGUCCAGAUUCCUCUCCUUAUUAUAAGCAUGAAGAAUGGUUCGUGGAUCAAAUUCCUUUUCUAAAAAGCGCGUGUAUAAAUUUAAAAGCCUCUUCCUCAAAGUCUUUCAAUAAAGUGCAAUUUCAUCUUAGCCUAAUGAAUUGUCCAAAGGGUAUAUUAUUCACCCACGUCGUAUGGUGACUACUAGUUGAAUGCAAGUAGCCAUUCACGUCCACUGGUUUCUUGAAGGUUUUGGUGAUAAUACGUCCAGUUUCUCCCUGUAGGAUAAAAUCCAAGAAUUAAAAUUUGACUUUGUUCUUAGUACUAGUAAAAGAAAGUCCCCAUAGAUUUGUAUUCAGAUCUGUCUAUUUCGUUAAAAUCCCCCUUCCAGAUGACAAGGAUAUCGUCGGUAAAUCUUUUAUACAAAACUAAGUUUUCUCUCCAUCGUGGAUUAUCUAAAGCAUGCUGAUGUUCCCAAAAGCCCAUAAAAAGGUUAGCAAACGCCGGAGCAAAACUCACCCCCAUUGCAUUACCUUUAAUUUGCAGAUAAUAUUGUUCGUUAAAACAAAAAUAAUUAUGGGUUAACAUAAAAGAAACACUCAUAAGUAUGGCAUCAGCUUGGUUUCGAGGGAGUAGAGGAUCGGAGAAUAAAAAAUAUUCCAAUGCCUUAAGCCCUAGGUUAUGGUCAAUAUUGGUAUAUAGUGCUGUAACAUCAAUAGUUAUCCAACAGUAAUGUUCUUUCCAAUUGAUCUCCUUGAUCAGUGACAGUACAUGGCUUGUAUCUUUAAUGUAGGAUGACAAGUUAGUCACAAACUUUUGAAGAUGAGUAUCAACCCAUUUAGACAGGGGGGCAGUGAGUGGGUCAAUAGAGGAAAUUAUUGGUCUACCCAGGGGGUUGGUAACAGACUUUCUUUUUUUUUUUUUUUAGAUUUUAGGUAAGUAAUAAAAAAUUGGAUGUUGCCAUUAGCAGAUAAAAGAGAACCUUUUCCCUUUUCUCAAUACAUCCCAUUGUAAACAUGGUAUCCACUAGUGUACGAAGUUCUUUCGUAAACUGGACAGUGGGGUUAAAUGUGAGCAUUUUAUAGUAUUGCUUAUCCCCUAAAAUGUGAUUAGCCUCUUUCAAAUAAUCCUCUCUAUUGAGGAUAAAACUGCCACCACCCUUAUCCGCUCCUUUGAUAACUAUACUGCGGUUUCUUUUUAGUUCUUUUAGAGCUCUAGCUUCUUCUUGGGUCAUAUUAUUGUAAGGAAUAACUGACUUGUAUUUGAAAUUAUUAUGGUGCUUCAAUUUCUUAAAAUCUUGGUCCUUAUGUUCGCAUUCACAAUUUCCAAAGCGUCAAUUUCAGUGUUUAUUUCCAUUUGCUCAUCAAGGAGGGACAGAUUUUUAAAAAUAAUUUUGUCUUGAGGAUUGUUAAGGAAACCAGGGCAUUGAUCUGCACUAUUGGCUUCCAUAAUAUUAAAAGACCUCGUCAGUGUGAGUUUCCUAACAAACUGAUUCAGGUCUUUGAACAAAUCAAUGAUGUUAGGGAAUUUGAAAGGGGCAAAACUGAGACCUUUAUUUAGCAACAGAAUUAGUACAUGUGUAGAAAGAUUAAAGAUGCCUUUCAGGGGAGGCAUCUUACUUUGGGUUGAGAUCCACUUCCCCUUGUUCCUCUAUGGGGGCAUCUCUUUUCCUGCCCCCUACUUUUGUAAAUAGGGGAUAUGUGCGCGGAGCAUGGUGAGUACCUUGCCCUAAUAAAAGAUGUUGUUCUUCCACUGGAGCUCUGGAGGUUAUAGAUUUUGGUCAUGCUCCUAAAUCCGUAGUAGCCUUAGAUCAGACCUCCUAGUUGUUAGGCGUGGUAGGUAGAUACAGGGAGUGCAGAAUUAUUAGGCAAGUUGUAUUUUUGAGGAUUAAUUUUAUUAUUGAACAACAACCAUGUUCUCAAUGAACCCAAAAAACUCAUUAAUAUCAAAGCUGAAUAUUUUUGGAAGUAGUUUUUAGUUUGUUUUUAGUUUUAGCUAUGUUAGGGGGAUAUCUGUGUGUGCAGGUGACUAUUACUGUGCAUAAUUAUUAGGCAACUUAACAAAAAACAAAUAUAUACCCAUUUCAAUUAUUUAUUAUUACCAGUGAAACCAAUAUAACAUCUCAACAUUCACAAAUAUACAUUUCUGACAUUCAAAAAUAAAACAAAAACAAAUCAGUGACCAAUAUAGCCACCUUUCUUUGCAAGGACACUCAAAAGCCUGCCAUCCAUGGAUUCUGUCAGUGUUUUGAUCUGUUCACCAUCAACAUUGCGUGCAGCAGCAACCACAGCCUCCCAGACACUGUUCAGAGAGGUGUACUGUUUUCCCUCCUUGUAAAUCUCACAUUUGAUGAUGGACCACAGGUUCUCAAUGGGGUUCAGAUCAGGUGAACAAGGAGGCCAUGUCAUUAGAUUUUCUUCUUUUAUACCCUUUCUUGCCAGCCACGCUGUGGAGUACUUGGACGCGUGUGAUGGAGCAUUGUCCUGCAUGAAAAUCAUGUUUUUCUUGAAGGAUGCAGACUUCUUCCUGUACCACUGCUUGAAGAAGGUGUCUUCCAGGAACUGGCAGUAGGACUGGGAGUUGAGCUUGACUCCAUCCUCAACCCGAAAAGGCCCCACAAGCUCAUCUUUGAUGAUACCAGCCCAAACCAGUACUCCACCUCCACCUUGCUGGCGUCUGAGUCGGACUGGAGCUCUCUGCCCUUUACCAAUCCAGCCACGGGCCCAUCCAUCUGGCCCAUCAAGACUCACUCUCAUUUCAUCAGUCCAUAAAACCUUAGAAAAAAUCAGUCUUGAGAUAUUUCUUGGCCCAGUCUUGACGUUUCAGCUUGUGUGUCUUGUUCAGUGGUGGUCGUCUUUCAGCCUUUCUUACCUUGGCCAUGUCUCUGAGUAUUGCACACCUUGUGCUUUUGGGCACUCCAGUGAUGUUGCAGCUCUGAAAUAUGGCCAAACUGGUGGCAAGUGGCAUCGGCAGCUGCACGCUUGACUUUUCUCAGUUCAUGGGCAGUUAUUUUGCGCCUUGGUUUUUCCACACGCUUCUUGCGACCCUGUUGACUAUUUUGAAUGAAACGCUUGAUUGUUCGAUGAUCACGCUUCAGAAGCUUUGCAAUUUUAAGAGUGCUGCAUCCCUCUGCAAGAUAUCUCACUAUUUUUGAUUUUUCUGAGCCUGUCAAGUCCUUCUUUUGACCCAUUUUGCCAAAGGAAAGGAAGUUGCCUAAUAAUUAUGCACACCUGAUAUAGGGUGUUGAUGUCAUUAGACCACACCCCUUCUCAUUACAGAGAUGCACAUCACCUAAUAUGCUUAAUUGGUAGUAGGCUUUCGAGCCUAUACAGCUUGGAGUAAGACAACAUGCAUAAAGAGGAUGAUGUGGUCAAAAUACUCAUUUGCCUAAUAAUUCUGCACUCCCUGUAUAUAUCAUUGGAUGCAGUGGUGUUAGUAGAAGGUGUUCUUUGACGAGUAAGGGGGAUAUGGUUGGGGUUGUUAUAUCCCUUCUGGUAGCCUCUCCUGAAGCUCCUUGGGGAGUUUGCAUAUUCUGACUCCAUGUGGGGUCUUGGAUUAUAUUGCACUGCUUCUUCAUAAAACUUGUGGGGGUAUUGUGGUGUUAAAUUGGGUCUCGAACAUGCAUAAGGUAAGGAGGAACUGUUAAUAGGAAAAAAGCCCUUAUUACAGCUGAAACAAACUGUAUCUUCAGGCUCAACAGCCAUAACCCAUAUGGACUAAAUAAAGAUUUAGAACAGAUUACAUAGUUCUUCUUUUUUCUUUUUCUGGUUUUCUUAGCUUCCUUUUAUCCGAUUACCUCUUCUCCACCUAGACAUAUAAUAAGAUCCAGUAUUUGCUGGACCUUUGAUUCCGACAUUUGAUACUUAUUAUUUGUCUGUGUUCAGGUCCGGGGUCCAAAAAACGUAAUGUUUGGUACAAACAUGAACUUUACAGUCCGGGAUCGCUCAACUCUAUUUAUCAGUAUUUUUAUAUAUCUUUUACAGAUUUCUGUUGAUCAUAUAGGGUCUACCUACUGGACAACUAGCUAUUAUUCAGGUUUAAAGUCUAUAUGAAAGUAGGGACCUAAUGUUGGUUAGUUUUAUAGCACUUUAGGGUAGUUGUGAAUACUCACUGUGUCACUUUUGUCUCUGAUAUGUGACUGAUUUUAAAUAAUAUGUCGUCUGUGUUUUAUGUCUGAAUCUUACUUUAAGUGUAUAAAUUGUAUCAGGAAAAACUUUAAAUGCAUUUGGUGGUUUUUAAGCAUCAGCCCUAGAUACUGUUCACAUUGAUUUAGGGAUAUGGAAUAGGUUUCAACAUUUUUAAUGUUUCUUUUCUUCUUAUUGUUAAAAUCAAUGCCCAAUUCCUUUAUUAUUAUUUAUUUUCACUGUCACUUUAAGAAUGGCAGUUUUGCCGAAAAAUGACGUCACAAGUAAAUUUUUUAAUUAGCUCUGAGUAUCGGUAUAUAUAUUGGUCAGAUCCUUGGAAGAUCACACAGUCUUGAUAAGUCUUCAAGUAAGAUGAAACGCAUAGACUGAAUCUAUCAUCUUCACUCAUAGUUGACACCUGGAUUACGACAUCUUGGCUGGCGCUUUUUGCCAAAAAUUGAUUUAGUCUUUCCAACAUCGGGUGAGUGUGGACCGGCGUGCUCCUCUACCCGGCUUCUGGCGCGGCAAACAGGGUAAGUGAUACUGGGAUUCCCCCAGAGCUUUUUCAGGCUUGGGGUUUCGUCUCAGCACACCCUUAGCAGAGCCAUGAUAGCCGGACUGGUUUAAGAGCUCCAUGUCCCACCUACCCGGUAUAAUUUAGCAUGCAUGCACCUCCAGCAUUCUAAUGAUAGAAUCUCUUCCCACUUUUUUACCAUUAUUAUAUUUUUUACCUAAACAUUGGAUUUAUUUCAAUUUUUUCCCUUAUCCGAUAAUUCUCCAGUGAAUGAGCCCCUCACUGGAGUCAUAUUAACAUUAUCCUCAGAAUUCCACAUAUAUUGUGUUUUAUAUUAUUUUAUUUUUAAUAAAUGUUAUUUAUGUAUUUGUUUGGUUGAGAUUUCUUAUACUUAUGGAUUGCUGAAUCUGAUAGUGUCACCUUUUGUGUUAUAUACCUCCACACUCUAGGUUGUUGGUACUCAGAGGUUCAGAGGUUAUACUAUGUAUUUUGUUUCAUGAUAUUUCUGAUAUAUUAGCUGUUUCAUACAGUUUUACCUUAAUUGAUGCUACAGAUUGAGACUCUUUCAGGUUAUCAACUGUUUAGAUCUUUUUUCUGCUGUAAUAUACAUUUGAGUUUUUUGGAGUGCUCACUCACACAUAUGUUUGAUGCAUUAGCAUUUUAACAAUUUAGUUAAGAUUGCACUUAAUAAGACUGGCAUUUUAUAAGAGGGUUUUCAUAUAAAUUAAUGGAGAGCAAAAAAUGGGUCGCAAGAGUAUUCUGAGAAAAUAGCCUGCCCUUCGGUGGGUCCCCGUUCAGAACUCAAGCUGGUUUUAGCUCAUCUUGUGCCAUUACAGAGAGAACAUAUCUGAAGCAUAUCAGACUGGUCCCACCCAUACGGGCAGUCCAGAUCCAAAAUGCCAGCAAGUUCUCUCUGCACGAGAGAUACAGCAACCCCAGACGAUCGUUUCAGCCUUGUUAGGCAUCGUCAGUGAGGCAUAGCUGAUAUCUCUCUAGGCACCGUGAGCAAGGGGUCCACGUCUGGAUUACCCUUUAAACUAAUGGAGAGUAAAAAAAUUGGUCGCAAGAGUAUUCUGAGAACGGACAGCAGCUAAAAUAGCCUGCCCUUCGGUGGGUCCCCGCUCAGUUCUCAAGCUGAUUUUUGCUCAUCUUGUGCCUUGUUAGGCAUCAUCAGGGAGGCAUAGCUGAUAUCUCCCUAGGCACCGUGAGCAAGGGGUCCACGUCUAGAUUACCCUUUAAACUUGUGGAGAGCAAAUAAAAAUGGGUCGCAAGAGAAUAUCUGAUUUGCUUUAAGAAAUGUUCUCUCUGUAAUGGCACAAGAUGAGCUAAAACCAGCUUGAGUUCUGAGCGGGGCCCACCGAAGGGCAGGCCAUUUCGGCUGCUGUCCGUCCUCAGUGCACUCUUGCGACUUGUUUUUUGUUUAUACACAUAUUCAUUACCAGAUUUAUUUCUCAUUUAUGGGUAUCGCCUCUUUUUGCUUAUUUGUAUUAACAGGGCUCAAACCCAGGUAGCUCUAACAAACCCUUUGAUGUGGUAUUCACAAAUGUGUUAUUUUUUUUUAUAAAUUGACCUCUCCCUUUGUUGCUUCUUGGGGGGUCUAGAAGGACUACUUCAUUUUGUACUACUCCUUCUGCAGCUAAGAUACCCUCAGUCUGUGUUUGUGGAAGCCCCAUUCUUUAUCAAUAAAUUGCUAGUACAUGUAGGCCUAACUGAAAUACUAGUUCCACUACCGUGAGACUGAAUACUACAACUUAUAGUGGUGGUUCUUCUAGUCGUGCUUGCGAUGGUGAUGGUACAGGCAGUAUCGGCAAAGGUGUUAGAAAUACUUAUGGCCUUUCAGCACCUUGACAUAUCUUCCUCAGCCAUGAGGGACAGAAUCUUUGCCCUCCCUCAAUAACAUCCCAUUGAUGAUUAAUGUUUUUUUUUUUAAAUAGUUUACAUAAUGCUCAUUCAUACCCCCUAUUAUAUUAACACAACUUUACCAACUUAAAUUAGAUGUUUGUAAUGGAUUGAAAAAAAAAAAUGUGCUUUGAUUUACUCCUGUACAGUGUUUUGACUUUAAGACCACAGGGCACUGCUAAGUGCUUGCAUAGAAUACAGUAAAAGGAAAAAAGCUUAUACAUUUAAUUUUUUUAACCCCUUAAGGACCAAACUUCUGGAAUAAAAGGGAAUCAUGACAUAUCACACAUGUCAUGUGUCCUUAAGGGGUUAAAGAUGUUCCUGUCUAUAAAACUAGUGCUGGUGCAGCACACUGGACGGAACACACUCAAAAGAAAAGGAUUUUCUUUUUACAAAGAGGUAACAAAUAAACACAUGCCAAACUCUGUGCAGUGUUCACUUGUCCGGUAAACUGACACAAGCUAUAUUGCAUUAGCUGAAUUGUAAAAAUCCUACAAACUACAUUUUAGUUUCGUUAUUCUGGUCUAACAUUUGAAACAACUUUAGUGAAUAGCCCUGUUUAAAACAUAUUUGACUAUGUUUGGGAAAAUAAAUCAUUAUGUCUGAUUGUCCAUUUUCUGCAGGUCGCAGAGUUUGUGUUGGAGAGACCCUUGCAAAGAUGGAGCUGUUUAUCUUUUUUACAAGCUUACUGCAGAAGUUCACAUUUCAUCUACCUCCUGGUACUUCUGAUGUCAACCUCAAUUCACUAGGUGGAUUUACAAAUGCACCACCACCACAAAUGAUCUGCGCUGUACCACGUUACUAA